GCGGAAGUAGAUUCGGACGCCGGUGCUGUAUUUUGACAGGAGUGGAGUGGAUGCACAAUUCAGGGAUAAAUUGUAUUAGCAUGCUGUUGAUUUAAUCUCGGAUAUUAUUUAAAGAAAAUCAUAAGUGGAAAAAGAACAAGCUGCAAAUUGAAUGAAAUGGUGGACUCGCAGUACUACCUCCCAAAUGACAUUGGGGUCUCUGCUCUGGACUGCCGGGAGGCUUUCAAUCUGCUCUCAUCCAAGGAGCAGCUGUACGCACACUACCUCUCUCAAGCAUCUUGGUACGGUGGCCUGGCUGUGCUGAUUCAGACGUCUCCCGAGUCUGCCAACAUUUACGUACUUCUGCAAAAGAUGUUCCGCAAACAGGCACCAGCACAGCUGGAAGCUGUGGCGAUUGCAGCUGGACUUAGCGCAGAGGACUAUCAGGCCUUCCUGGUAUAUGCUGCUGGGCUUUAUGCAAACAUGGGUAACUACAAGUCAUUUGGGGACACCAAAUUCAUCCCUAACCUACCAAAGGAAAAGUUCAAAGCUCUAGUGUGGGAGAGUCAAGCCUUUAAGGAGAACCCUGGUGAGAUGGAGGCACUGUGGAACAGCUGUUCCCAGCCCCUCUACUCUCUGGAAGACAAGCAGAAACAGCUUGGUUUGGGGGAGAAGGGAAUCUCAUCAUACUUCUCAGGAAACUGUUGCUUAGAAGAUGCAGAGUUUGCCCAGAAAUUUCUGGACUCCAAGAACCUGAGUGCCUACAACACCCGUUUGUUCAAGACUGUAUUAGAUGGGAAGCGGUGCUAUGAGGUGCGGUUGGCAUCCGCCGUGAAGAAGGACUGUGUUGUUGAAGGAGAGGCCGAAACAUGUUGUGGCAAAUAUGAAUUUGACGAUGCUUUGUUCUCAAUUCAGAGAGGCGAUUAUGCCUUUCUAAUGGAGAAAGUGAGCCAGAACUUGGAGAAAGCCAAGGCUUAUGCAGCCAAUGAGAACCAGAAGAGAAUGCUGGAGGAGUAUGUCCGCAGUUUCACCUUUGGCUCUGUGGAGGCUCAUAAAGAAGGGUCCCGUUACUGGAUCAAAGACAAAGGACCAGUUGUGGAGAGUUACAUUGGUUUUAUUGAGAGCUACAGGGAUCCAUUUGGUUCAAGGGGUGAAUUUGAAGGUUUUGUUGCCGUGGUGAACAAGGCCAUGAGUGCUCGCUUUGCUCAGUUGGUGAGCUCGGCUGAAGUCUUACUACCAGAGCUACCCUGGCCUCAAGCCUUUGAGAAGGACCGCUUCCUCAAGCCAGACUUCACCUCUCUGGACGUACUCACCUUUGCUGGCAGCGGCAUCCCUGCAGGAAUCAACAUUCCAAACUAUGAUGACAUCAGACAGACCGAAGGGUUCAAGAACGUAUCCCUUGGGAAUGUGCUGGCAGUGGCAUAUGCCACUCAGAAAGACAAGCUCACCUUUCUUGAAGAGAAAGACAAGGACGUGUACAUCAAAUGGAAGGGGCCUUCUUUUGAGGUGCAAGUGGGACUCCAUGAGCUGUUGGGUCAUGGCAGUGGGAAACUCUUUGUUCAGGAUGAUAAGGGAGAUUUCAACUUUGAGCAAACUGUUGUUCGCAAUCCAGAAACAGGGGAACUGAUCUCUAGCUGGUACAAGGGCAAUGAGACAUGGGACAGCAAGUUUUCCACCAUUGCCUCCUCCUAUGAGGAAUGUCGGGCUGAGUGUGUUGGUCUCUACCUGUGUCUCAACAAACAGGUGCUCAGAAUUUUCGGGCAUGAAGGAGAGGAUGCAGAGGAGGUAGUGUAUGUAAACUGGCUGAAUAUGGUGCGUGCCGGCCUGUUAGCACUGGAGUUCUACACACCAGAGAGCAAGAGCUGGAGACAGGCACACAUGCAGGCCCGGUUUGUGAUCUUGGGGGUUCUGUUGGAGGCUGGAGAGGGGCUGGUUGAUUUGAGAGAGUGCACAGGGGCAGACGGAAGGCCAGACGCUAUUAUAACACUGGACCGCAGCAAGAUCCACACAGUCGGGAAAAGUGCCAUCCAGAGGUUCCUCUGUAAACUGCAGGUGUACAAAUCCACGGCUGAUGUGGAGGGAGGAAGGGCUCUGUAUGAAUGCUACUCUGCAGUGACUGCUGAUGGCACCCAUGAAUUCCUGCGUCUCAGAGAGACAGUUCUGCUCCGUAAAGAAGCUCGCAAGAUGUUUGUCCAGGCUAACACUCGCAUCAAAGAUGAUGCUGUGGAACUGGUGGAGUAUGAAGGCAGCACUGCAGGGCUCAUCCAGUCUUUCAUCGAGCGCUUCCCUAAAGAUGCAGAGGAGUUGGAGGCCCAGCUGCUGGAGAUGGCCUCCAGAGACACCACCUGCUGGUGCUGA